UGGCGCCCAGCGGCUCGCGCUGACCGGACGGGGAGGGCGCCCGGGGCAGCCUCGCGCGGCACCUCCCGGCCCGCGCGCCCAGCCGGCGAGGGACGUUCGUUCGGGGGUCGCGGCCGCUCCGGCGAGAGCUGUGGCCACUGCCAGAUGCUCACCCUCUCUCCCUGCCCCCAGAUCCCCUCCGUGCUGGUGGGAGCACGGCCUCUGGCCACCUAGCGUCCAGCCGCGAAGAUGAGUGCCUGCGGGAGGAAGGCCCUGACUCUGCUGAGCAGCGUCUUUGCCGUCUGUGGCCUGGGGCUCCUGGGCAUAGCGGUCAGCACCGACUACUGGCUGUACCUGGAGGAGGGCGUGGUCCUGCCCCAGAACCAGAGCACGGAGAUCAGGAUGUCCCUGCACUCAGGCCUCUGGCGGGUCUGCUUCCUUGCAGGUGAGGAGCGGGGACGCUGCUUCACCAUAGAAUACGUGAUGCCCAUGAACUCCCAGCUGACGUCCGAGUCCACGGUCAACGUUCUAAAGAUGAUUCGCUCAGCCACACCGUUCCCUCUGGUCAGCCUCUUCUUCAUGUUCAUCGGCUUUAUCCUGAGCAACAUCGGACACAUCCGUCCCCACAGGACGAUACUGGCCUUCGUCUCCGGCAUCUUCUUUAUCCUCUCCGGCCUCUCUCUCGUGGUGGGCCUCGUGCUGUACAUCUCCAGCAUCAACGACGAGGUGCUCAACAGGACUAAGGACCCAGAGACCUAUUUCAACUACAAAUACGGAUGGUCGUUUGCCUUCUCUGCCAUCUCGUUCCUUUUAACAGAGAGUGCCGGCGUGAUGUCCGUGUACCUGUUCAUGAAGAGGUACACCGCCGAGGACAUGUACAGGCCUCACCCUGGCUUCUACCGCCCUCGGCUGAGCAACUGCUCCGACUACUCCGGCCAGUUCCUGCACCCGGACGCCUGGGUCCGGGGCCGCAGCCCCUCCGACAUCUCCAGCGACGCCUCCCUGCAGAUGAACAGCAACUACCCUGCCUUGCUCAAGUGCCCCGACUACGACCAGAUGUCGUCUUCACCCUGCUGAGCCUCGGCCGCCUCCCGCCCUGGAC